AUGAGUGAACAACAGUCGAACCAGCAACGACUUGCUGCCCCGCAGGCAAAAGGCGAGAAGAUCUCACCCAAAGUUCUGUUGAUUGCGAUGUUCUACGAAGAGUCGAGGAACUGGCUCGAUCCCUCAAGUGCUCUUCAAUUCUCCCGCAAGAUACGUGUUCCGGGUCUGGCUCGUGGGUACGAAGACAUACAUGUCACCCAAGAUGGCGAUGUUGCCCUCUUGGUUGUCGGUACAGCUUUGAUAAAUGCAUCAUUAUCGAUCAGCGCCCUCUUAACAUCACCAGUCUUCGAUCUAACUAAGUCAUACUUUAUCUUGACUGGCAUCGCAGGUGUCAACCCCAAGAGAACCACCAUUGGCUCUGUUGCAUUUGCCAAGUUUGCUGUUCAAGUCGAUCUUCAACUUGGAUUUGAUGCAAGAGAAGUUCCUUCAGAAUGGGGAUCAGGGUAUGUUCCAAUGGGGGCUGAUAAACCUGAUCAGUUCCCAGGAAUCGUGCAUGGAUCUGAAGUAUUCGAGCUGAACAGUGCUCUUCGAGACUAUGCCCUUUCUGUUGUCAAAGGCGUGGAUCUUCAAGAUUCUCCAGUGGCUGCUGAACACCGAGCUUUGUGGAAGAACUCGCCCGAUGGUGUUUUCGAAGCAGCAACGCAGAAGCCAAGUGUGCUUGAAGGCGAUGUUCUAUCUUCCAAUACUUUCUGGCACGGCCAUCGUAUCUCCGAAGCCAUGGAAAGAGUUGCAAAAGUGUACACCGCUGGACAGGCCGAGUACACCAUGACAGCGCAAGAGGACAAUGCUCUGUUGGCGGGACUUUUGAACGCGGCACUUCAAGGGAAAGUCGACUUUUCACGAAUCUUGCUUAUUCGAUCUGCUUCAAACUUUGAUCGCGGCCAUGAAGAUAAGCCUCAUCAACUUCCUUUUGUUAUGGACAAGGGAGGUUUGGGGCCUUCAACUCGCAAUCUGUAUCUUGCGGCUCUCAAGGUCAUCAAAGGGAUCUUGGAGGAGUGGCCUACCAGGUUCGAGGCCGGGAUAGCUCCCCAGAACUACAUUGGUGAUAUAUUUGGCUCACUUGGAGGUAAGCCUGGUUUUGGAGAUAAAUAUGACAUUGACCAGGUAAUGUCACAUUAG